AUGGGAAACAACAACAUCACAGCCCCAAUCACUCCUGAAAUCCUGAAGAGGAUAAAAAGAGAUAAUAGUUUGAAGAGCAAGGAAAUUAUGACCUCAUCUGUUCCUGAGAACAUCAGCACUGGAAUGGCCAUAGUUGGAAUAAUGUUACUUCUAAGAAGCAUUCGACUGACAUCAAAAUUUACAAGCGCUUCAGAUAUUCCAGUAGAAUUUAUAAGAAGAAAUGUUAAACUACGUGGACGAUUACGCCAAAUAACUGAGAAUGGUUUAGAAAUUGAACAUAUACCUAUUACUUUACCUAUUAUAGCUUCGUUGAGAAAGGAGCCAUGUGGUGCUUUGCUGGUUAAGCUGGCUGGAGUAGAACUCACUGAAACUGGGAAGGCAUGGUUACAAAAAGAGCUAAAACCUUCCCAAUUACUAUGGUUCCAACUUCUUGGAAAGGAGAAUUCAGCACUCUUUUGCUAUCUUUUAGUGAAUAAGGGUGGAUAUUUCAGCGUGAAUCUGAAUGAAGAAAUUUUGAGAAGAGGUCUUGGCAAAACUGUUCUUGUUAAAGGGCUUAAAUAUGAUUCUAAAAUCUAUUGGAGAGUUCACAGAAACUUACUUAAAGCUGAAUUAACAGCCUUAAAAAAAGGAGAAGGAAUAUGGAAGGAAGACUCUGAAAAAGAAAGUUAUUUGGAAAAAUUCAAAGAUUCCUGGAGAAUAUGGAAAAAGGACAGUUUUCUAAAAACAACAGGAUCAGAUUUCAACUUGAAAAAAGAAAGUUAUUAUGACAAACUUAGAAGGACUUAUGAAAUAUGGAAAGACAACAUGAACAACUACUCCUUAAUGCUGAAGUUCAAAGAACUUAUAAGUCGCAUACACUUUCGUAGAAAAGGGUGAAACAGUCAAGAGAUCUAGAGGUAACCUUCUCCAAAGAGUAAAUAUGUAAAUAUAUGGACAUUUUUCAUUGACUCAAAAUGGGAGUUUUGCCAAAUGAUCAAAGUGUUAGUCUAAUGGUAUUUAAAUAUUAAAAAGAGAUGAUUAUUAUAAUGUCAGAAUUAAUUUAAACAAAUUAUAAUUAAUUAAUAUGAUUUUAGGAAAGAUGAAAUACUUUAUG